AUGUUUAAGCACCAAGAUAUCCAUCCUACCCGUACAAUCGUACAUCCAGCGCCAUAUCCCCUUUGCUUACCACCACACCCCCUUCCAAGACUCAACCCUCACACUGUACCCACACUCGCAACCCCCACUCCACAGCGAUACCAGGCGUACUGUACAGCCCUGGAGAACUCCGACACACCUACACAUAAACCGAGUGGGACUACGCCUCCAGCUAUACGCCAAUACCCCUCCUGCCCCUCGGCCACGGACAGUGGGGUGUUUGAUGACAUUGCGCUAGAGGGCUCGCACACGCACACAUAUAUACAACCGACCGCAGACGUAAUUGAGUCGACCGCAUCAGCUGCGCUACCCCGGCCAGAUACUGAUACGGAUACGACCGGUGUCGCACGCACCGCUGAGAAGGAGAUAGAGGGGUCAGGAAAUACGACGUCGGGUACGGUAUCUGACACAAGAACGGAGAGACUAUACGACACAACAGCUGAGCCGACAGGCGAUGACAGGGGGCAAGGUUUGGCGCCUGUGAAGCGCACUCAGUCGCAGGAAUCAAUGGAAGGGGAGAGUCACACACCAGACGACACACCUGGUCAUACAGAUAUGCAUAUACCCACACAAGCACAGACGCAAAUACAAACACAGACUCAGACACAAUCACAAACACAAUCACAGACACAACAACAAUCUCAAGCACAGGCUCGGGUAACAAAUGCGCACACCCACACUGAUACCCAUACGCCUGUACAAGCGGCCUCAGAGAAGGCCCUAGAUCAGCUCAGGCAUGAGAGGGUGCACGCUAACCCGAGCAUUACGGUAGACUUGGCGCUCUCGGACUCGGAGAAGAAUCCUGAAAAUGCCGCAGAUAACUGUGGAAAUGCCACAGAUGACUGUGGAAAUGAUACAGGAAGUUGUAGUAGUGGCCGGAACGAGAGGUUAUUGGGUCAAGAAGCGGAGCGGGACCCGGCGCUUGAUUUUAACAGCGGCGAUAUUCUAUUGGGCGAGCCCCUUUCCGAUGACUUACUACUGGACGCUGUGGGCGAAACACAAUCCUACAAAAGCCUGCCUGGACGCCUGGGGUGACCAAUGCGAUGACAAAUGAGAGCUGACCAUCAUUAAACUAUAUUUAGA